UCUGGCGCCUGGCCAGGGUGAUUUCCCAUAAACCACAUGCCCCACGAGCCGCCCGCUUAAAAGGCUGUGCCGAGCGCUGGCCAGCGAAGCUCGGCCAGUGGAAAGUGAAAGUUUACCCGGGUCCUCUCGGUGCCGCCGCGGCGCUCUCUGCAGUCCGGGACAGCGGCGCGGCCCUCGGCCUGGGCGCGGACUUCGCAGCAGCCAGCGAGCGAGCGAGCGCGCCAUCCAGGGCGGCCGACGCGCCCGCCCAGCACCCGGCUGCCCCUAUGACCACGCGGGGCGCCACCCGGCGCUGCCCUCCCAUGGCAUGGCUGUGCCCCUGGCUGCUGCUGAUCUUUCUCGUGGUGAGCAGGAGUAUUGCUGAGGAGAUAUCGGAGCACUGUAGUCACAUGAUUGGGAAUGGACACCUGCAGGUCCUGCAGCACCUAAUUGACAGUCAGAUGGAGACCUCGUGCCAUAUUGCCUUUGAGUUUGCAGAUGAGGAACAGUUGAAAGACCCUGUGUGCUAUCUUAAGAAGGCAUUUCUCCUGGUGGAAGACAUAAUGGAGGACACCAUGCGCUUCAGAGAUGAAACUCCCAACGCCAGGGCCAUCGUCCAGCUCCAGACACUCUCUGUGAGACUGAAGAGCUGCUUCACCAAGGAUUAUGAAAAGCAGGACAAGGCCUGUGUCCGAACUUUCUACGAGACUCCCCUCCAGCUGAUGGAAAAGAUCAAGAAUGUCUUCAAUGAAACAAAGAAUCUCCUGGAAGAGGACUGGACGAUUUUCACCAAGAACUGCAGUGACAGUUUUGCGAAGUGCUCCAGCCCAGAUGUGGUGACCAAGCCUGAUUGCAACUGCCUGUACCCCAAAGCCACCCCUAGCAGUGACCUGGCCUCUGUCUCCCCUCACCAGCCCCUCACCCCCUCCAAGGUCCCUAAGGCUGGUUUGACCUGGGCUGAUUCUGAGGGGACAGAGGGUAGGUCCCUCUCGCCCAGUGAGCAGCCCCUUCACACAGUGGACCCAGGCAAUGCAAAGCAUCGACCACCCAGGAGCACCUGCCAGAGCCUCAAGUCACCAGAGACCCCAAGCCUCGAGGACAGCCCCACUGGAGGUUCACCACAGCCUCACCCCUCUGCUGGGGCUCCCAGCUCUGGGAUGGACAUUGUUGACUCUGGACUGGACUCUACCUGGGCCUUAGAAGAGGCCUCUGGAGAGGCUAGUGAGGGUCCUGAACCUCAAGGAACAGAGUUUUCCCCCUCCAGGCCAGAAGGGGGCAGCAUCCAGGUACAACUGGCCAUUCCCAGCAACCUCCUCUCAGCAUCUUCUCCACUCCCGACAACAGAGGACCAACAGCCACCAUUGCCUAAGGUGGACCCUGCGAGACCCACUGGUCAGGUCAAGCAUGGCACUCUUGAGAAGACAGACCAUUCAUCUAGCCUGCCCACAGAGGGUGAGAAGACAGGCUCUACCCAGACCUCAUCACUCCAACCCCAAGGCCUCAGCAAUCCCACCACACUUUCUGCUCAGCCACAACUUCAUGGAAGCCACUCCUGGGGAAUUGUGCUGCCCCUGGGGGAGCUGGAGGGCAAGAGGAUCACCAGGAACCGAAGGAGCCCUGCAGAGCUGGAAGGAGGACAAGCAAGCGAGGGGGUAGCCAGGCCCCUGGCCCCUUUUAACUUCGUUCCUUUGACUGACACAGGCCAUGAGAGGCAGCCUGAGAGAACCUCCAACCCCCAGAUCCCUGGGUUCGUCUUCCACCUGCUGGUGCCCAGCAUCAUCCUGGUCUUGCUGGCCGUUGGUGGCCUGCUGUUCUACAGGCGGAGGCGGAGGAGCCGUCAAGAGCCUCAGCCAAUGGAUUCUCUCAUGAGGCAUCCAGAGAGCAGCUCCGUGACCCAGGAUGAGGACAGACAGGUGGAACUGCCAGUAUAGAGGAAAUCCUAAGCUGGGCUCGCGGGACUGUCUCUCCAUGGGAGAAGAUGCGACGGGGCCGUCCACCACUACCCUCCCCAGAUCUUCUCCUGGAAAUGUGGCCUUCCUACCACCUGAGCCCCUGCCUGCCAGGACUGGACAGAGCAGCCAGGCUGGAGUUCCUACAACUUGACCCUCAGACUUUCAGAGGGCCAGAGGAUGCCCCCACACUGCCGCUAUUUAUUGUGGGCCCUGGAGGCUCCGUGCGCUUGAGGAGGGCUGGCGAGCUGGCUCAGGACCUUCUCCCUCAGGGGCUGCACCCUCCGCUUCUUCCUCUCCAUGCCAGUACCUGGGUCAGAGGCCCACUCGCCUGUGGCAUGUGGGACACCAGGGUGGGUGCUGAGGAGCCACCUGGUGCCAAGAGAUGCCAUUGUUGACACGCAGGGACCUGUCUCCAGAGAGGAGUCUUUCAUCAGGGUGGAGCAGCAUCAGCCUGAUUUCCUGUAAAGGCAAGCAGCCCAAAACAUAGGAAAACAGAGGAGGCCUCUGGCUGUACGCACUGACAGCUUGAAGGGAUCCACACCCUCUGCUCACCUGAGUGCCCUCCACUGGUGGCCAGGCGGUGAGGGGAGGCCAGCUCUGCCCUCAGGACCUGCCUACCCUGACUCAUAAUGCCAAGAGGAGGACCUAGCUCUGGCCUAUACACCUCCUUCCCUCCAGCCCCUGCCAGAGCUUCUCCUAGAGGCCGGGCAAAAGCUCUCCUCGUGAAGGAAGCCAUUGCACUGUGAAAACUGAACCUGCCUGCUGAAAAGCCUGCCCCAUCCAUCCCCACGAGCAAGCAUCCGUCCAAACGCCCCCCAGUCUCUCCCCAGCUUCCUGCACUGAGCUGGCCUCAUUCGUCGACUGAGGGAGCCCCUAAGCCCUAACCUUCUCCCGACCCAGCCUUUGACUCCUUGGGUGGAGCAGGUGGAAGAACUGCCCAGGCCACCAGCCAGAGCUGGUCUUUAGGCUGUGUGUUCACCCAGGUUUCUGCAUCUUGCACUUUGACAUUCCCAAGUGGAAAGUGACUAGUGGGAGGGAGAGAAAGUGAGGGCGGAGAGGCAGAGAGGUGCAGGGAGAGCUCUGAAUGAGAGCAGGUUUGGAAAUAUGGGUAUGCCCCUGAGACUGUGGGGACAUCUGCACCCCAGCGCCUCAGUCCAGUCUACUUUGCCUGGUGCUAGCAGGCACCUGCAACUGAACAGGUUUUCCCCAUCAGGAGCCCUGGAGCUGGGCUGCACCCCGGCCCUACCUACAUGCUCCCCAGAUCUCUUCUUUUGACCCUUCGUUUUCCUGACCCAUGUAGGCAGUGACACCCUCCAACUCUCACCCCACCCCACCUCGGGCCAAGCAAGCCAGAGCUGGAGAGGACCUAGGAGAUCCCGGCAUCUGCGUCCAACUGUGCUCCGAGAAUCUCUGCUUCCUGGUCUGGCCCUUGCCAUGGCUCUGAGACCUGGGCAACAGGUGACAGGGCUGUCAACUGCCCCUCAGCCCCUUUAUGCUGCUGUGUCCCUCCUUUCCUGCCAUCCUGGGCUCUCCGCUGAGAGACCCUGUCCUCCCUGGUUGUGACCAUCUCUUCCCUGCCAGAGAGAGUGAGGGUCUGCUGGCCCAUGGCCCCAUCCUGAUGAUGAUAGCUGAGGGAGGGGCAGCCGGGAAGUUUUUAUGGGGCUCGUCCUUCUAGUCACAGACUGCAUAUUCCAUGCUAGGAAACAUAUAUUUUUUAAAUGGAAGGAAAGAAAACAGAAAAAAAAA